AUCCUCAUAUACUAGUCAGGUUCAUUACUGCUGAGCCACAGCGGGAACUCCUGAACUGCACUUUAAAAAACAACAGCAACUAUCAAUACAUGUUUCCCUCAGAGCUGCUGAGGGUCAGAAAGAUCCUCAAGAAUCCACCAGAUUUUCUUGUGAUCGAAAAACCAUUAUCACAGAUGGUGAACAUUUGUUGUUUUCUCAUUGAGGGUUUCCUACACACAGUUCAUUCUUAUUAUUGUACUAUUUUUCCUCAACAAAGAAGUACUGGCUUUCCCUCUUGCAGAUGAAGCAUUCUCAACAGGAGUGAAAAUUGAUGCUUGGGGAAUGGGCAAAAAAUCCUUUUUUAAUGUAUAAUGUACAGCUAUACAUACAACAUACAAACAGGUAUACAGUAAGUCUGUGGUAUUAAAGUUGCAUGGAAAGCGAUUUGAAAGAAGUUAUAUUAAAAAGGAUCAGGAGCUAGGCUGUAAAAAAAGAAAGAAAAAGGUCAAGAAGCCCUACGGUAGACAGUUCCUUGUUGCUACAAGUGCUGACCUCAGCAUCACACUGGUCAUCACUUCACGAUGUGCCUUCUGGUCCCCACUAGGACUUGAACCUCUUACCCCGUCACCCCUCCCUUCUAUUCACACUAAACCCUCUGAGAUGUAGUCAUCCCUUUCUCCCUUGUGUUCCAUACCUCAGAGUUCCAGCAAGGCCGCUUGGAAGGUGCAGAAUCUUUGUUUUCCAUCUUCCAGCCAGUUGUCUGUAUUUAUGUGUUUAUAAGGAACUUAUCAGGCUUAGAAACAGAGAAAGGAUUUGGAUGACUUUCUUAGAACUGACAAAGCUCCUUCUGUCAUCUCUUGAUUCUCCACAAAACUAAAGGUUUGGGCAGGAGACAGAGGGCACCAGUCACUUAACUGCUGUCAGGACGCUGCGAUGGGCUGGUGCCGCUGUGGUGUGAGAUCUGCCCAAGAGGAGUUAGGAAACGUGUCCUCUGCCGCACGGCAAGUUGUCUUCCCUCAGUGGAAGCAGGGUUAAUCGGCAGGGCGCGUGUGGUCCAGUUCCAAUCCUGAGAAACCUCGCCAGGGUUGCCGUUCACGUCCUCAGAGAGGAUGAAGCCCACACAAGAGGCCGUAUUCUUGAAUGAAAGGUUAUCAUAAACACAGAUGACAGACCUAAUAUUGGAUUCUUUUGCCCAGUUGUAGUAUCAGUUAUGCUACAGUACUUACUUGCUCAAAUCAUUGAUAUUCUUCCAAAAUCUUAUGAUCUUAGACGUGUCAGAAAAUGAACCCCUCCCCAUGAAACCGUCCGUCAUUUCCGUAAUCUCUCUAUAUCUGCAGUCUUACUCAGUGUCCGUGUAUCUGAACAGUGGUUCAGAUGGAGGACUUGGAAGACGCACUGUCUGAGUGCCCAGACAGCACUCUGUGAAUGUCCUUGUUUCCAAAAAUAUAUAUAUAUAUUUUCAGUUACCAGGAUUAUCAAGUUGGGCCAAAUAAUUAUCGAAUUAUUGGGAUUUACCAUAACCCUUUAGUAAUUGUCAAGAGGUAUAAUAUUUUAUUGUGGUGUUUAUAAUGUUAAGAGAAAAUUAAAGCUCAAAUAGAUAUUUUACUGAAAAUAUGACACCCAUAGGAAAAAUACUUAUGUGUCAUCUGAAUUGAAAUUUUUCUCCCUAAAUGCAUCCCACCUGACCAACCACCUCUCCAUAAACUUUGUGGUACUGCAUUCAGACUGUGAGAAGGAAGCCUGCGUUUGCUCCUGUGAACCAGGGAGCGGCCCCCAGAGGACCUGUUACAAAGAAGCACCAAGAGGCAGAGGCGACAAGGGCGUCUUCCUCGUCUCGGGCCAGAACCCUGAAGCCAUACGCGCAGUGCUUAGCCAUCUCUUUCCAUUCUGCUACUGAUUGUUCAUUCAUUAUUUUUGAGUGUUUUUACGUUGGUGGAACAUUGCCCAGUUGGUAGCACUCUCAGGUUUUUCCUUAUUGAAGCAUAUCUUCAUCAGAGCGACGGUCUUUUUUGUCAGCAGUUUUGUAAGCAUAUAUUGACUCUGCCAAGUUUUUGUGUAGGUCCCUUGAGCCGUGUUUGUUUCUGUUCCGACUCCCUGAAGCCUUUCUUGGAUUGUUCCUAGUCUCCAAGCCAUACGCUUUUUCUCACGCUUAUUAAAUAUCUGUGCUUGGGGUAGUGGGAAAAUUGACCAGAUUUAUGGUAUUCUCUUUCAUACUAAAACAGCUCUUUUGAGUGUAGACGCAAACACCGUGGAAGCAGAUUUAUCAUAGCCAAAGUGAAUUUAAUCACCUAUCAUCUGACGUUAAAUGUCCCUCAUGACAAUAGAGCCAAAUGACCCUGUGGAUGAUGUAGCACAUUGAGUAAGCAGUUCACGUGUCACCUGCGGGCUGCUUUUACCAGGAGAGAAUGCUAGUCUCCUUCUUCCCUCCAGCCCUGAUUCCAUCCAAAAGACAUUGGGGCUGGGCAAGGCAGCUGUCCUGUGGGAGUGCAGGCUUCAGAGCCCCUCUGGGGCAAGGAGACAUCUACACAGGGAUUGGCUUCUGCAGUGACAGUAAUGGGGUGAACAGGGCAUCCAUGAGUGGAGUGGCUGAGACAAGGUUCUCACUACAGGGGAGGGAGGUUACAAAUACAGAAAAGAAAGAAACAGCAUAAACCUGCGGGGUUAUUGGAGUUGGAGGCACUGGGCUGAACUCAUGGCUUUUUAAUAUACAUAUAUAUAUGUACAUACUUAAAUAUAGGUCUGUGUUUACAUCUGUUAAUAGACGUAAACUCACAGGAGUUCCCGCUGUGGCACAGCGCAAUUGGUGGCAUCUCUGCAGCACCAGGACACAGGUUUGAUCUCUGGCCCAGCACAGUGGGUUAAAGGAUCUGCUGUUGCCACAGCUGUGGCAUAGGGCUGCAACUGUGCCUGGGAUCUGACCCCUGGCCUGGGCAGUCCACAUGCUGAAGGGCGGCCAAAAAUAAAUAAAUAAAAUAAACUCACAGACAUAUUCCCUACCUAUGACUGCAGAAAAGGCCUGGGAACAGUGACCCUCAGAUAGCAUUGAGCACACCAUGGUUUCUCAGCAGAGCAGGAAAAGUGAAUCGUAAGCUUCGACCAUCGUGUGCCAAGAAGUAAGAAAGUGCUCAAAUGAUGAGGUCAAAACAGUAAGGAGCGGAAGCCAGCUCAAAGGGAUUCCCACUGACCAGUUCUGGAAUGAUUUGAGCUUCGAAAUGAUAAUGUAAGAGCAUGUUACAACCCUUUGAAUGACAUAGGAAUCCCUGAGACCACACUGAUACAAAUAGAUAAGCCAAAUGAAGAGAAGGUUUUUUCCUUACAUUAGGGUGUGCCACUAUGAAAUGUAGAAGGAAUGAUGGGAUUUUUAAAAUCACCAUUUGGCAGUCAUCCUAGAAAUAAGUAACUCGGCCCCAUAAAAUAAUUAUAAAGAGAAAUUAACUUUGCAGUGAAGAAACCUGGCCAAUACGACUUUAAUAAAUUAAUAAAAAUAAACAUCAUCAGCUGUGAGACAGAUUGAAUUUGUGCACCACCUGAUGGGAUGCAGAGAACACAUCGUUGUUUCCGUGGCAUUGCUGGCAGAAAUAUUCCUGCCGUGGCUUAUAUUUAAUCUUGAAGACACAUCAAGUGAAUUCUAACCGAGGGUAAUUCUCCAAGGUGACUCGCCUGUAAUCUUCAAAAGUCAAGGAAAGAAAUGUCAGGAAAGACUGAGAAACUGUUUUAAGAUGAAAAAAACUAAAGAGACUUGGAAACUCAGUGCCAUAUGUAAUUUUGCUCAAAAGGAUGUUGUUGGAACAGCAAGUGGAGCUGGAAUGGAGUCUGAAUUAGACGGCAGUCAUAUAUCAGGGUUAAUUUCCAAUACUGGUGGUCAUACUGUGCACGGGGAGAAUAUCCUUGUUUGUAGGACUUGUACAGCAGAGCACUUAAAGAGGUGGGGUACCAGAGCCUUCUCUCAGAUGGUUCAGGAAAAUGCUCUGUGAAUGUGAAAUUAUUGCAGAUGUUUUCAAACAGCAAAGUAGGGAGUUCCUCCUCUGUGGCUCAGUGGGUUAAGGACCAGAUGUCUCUGAGAGGACGCGGGUUCGAUCCCUGGCCUCCCUCAGUGGGUUAAGGAUCCAGCAUUGAUGCAAGCCACAACGUAGGUCAUAGGUGAGGCUCAGAUUUGGUGUUGCUGUGGCAGUGGUGUAGGCCACAACUGCAGCUCUGAUUUGACCCCUGGCUCAGGAACUUCCAUAUGCCUCAGGUGCAGCCAUAAAAGGGGUGGGAAGCAAAUUAAGUGUUCUUUUAGGCAUAUUCACUAUUAGAGAAAUCAUUAUUCCCUUUCAGAAUUACAGAGGCAAAACUUGUAAUAUAAACUUACAACAAGAAAAUGUUUCCUUAUUGCGUUUUUUUUUUAAUAUUUAUUGGAUACAAAAACAAUAAGCUUACAGAGGAUCCUUAAAAGAGAACUGUUUUACUUUUAAACAUACUAAACACACACACAUACACAGAGCCAAUAAAGGAUUUUUAAAUGGCUGGUGUAGCUCUGUAUCUACUCAGGUUUCUACACUUGCAGUUAAAAAGCAGUUGGGCACAAUUUAAAAAGCAGCAUCCUAAAAAGGAUUUAGGGGUUUAUCGUUUUUGUUCUGUUUGCAAAGUAAUUAAGAAUGUAGGCCCUGGAAUCAAGCUGGCCACCGCUUAUGAGAUAUGUGACCUCUGACAAAAUAUUUGAUUUUUUUCUAAGCCUCAGUUUUCUCAUCUAUAAAUUCAGAUAACAACAUUGAAUUCACAGGUCUGUCAACAGAAUAAAUGAGAUACUAUAUGAAGAGUACUUAGACUGCGGCUCUUUGUAAACACUUAAGUUGGCUGCUGUUAUUGUUUCAGGAAAAAUUAAAUUGCUUUCAUAAAAGCCUUCUAGUAUGAUUAUGUUGGCUUCCUUCGCCCUCACUAGGAAUAGAAUUACUAGAAGGCCAUAAAAGUUAUGGUCUCUGCUGUUAAACAUGUCCCAAGAUCAAACUAAAAUAUGCUGGAAAUGGAGCAUAUUUUAGUGGGUAGCAGGCACUGCAUUGCCAUAGAAAAAAAGACAUGGGCUUUGAAGAACGAAUAAGACUUUGGUUAAAUUCCAGGCCUGCCACUCUUUCAAGCUUUGUGACUUUGGCCUCGGUCUGUAAAAUGUCUAUAAUGUAUGAAUAAUCAAAGAAUCGCACAGGGCUAUUGGGGGUUAAAUGAGAUAAACUUUAUAAAACUUCUAAUAAAGUGACCGACCGAAAGAAUGUCUGCAAAUAAUGAUGUUUAUUUUUCUUACUCCUUAAAGGAGUGUAAGAACACUCUCUUAAAGGUGUAGGAACAGUUAAUUUUGACGAAUAGAAGCCUUAGGAUCAGAAAUAACAGCAUUCAAGGGCAUUUUUGAGAAGUGUGUUAAGUUUGUCCGCUGCUUGUUCCUGCAGGGGUUUAGACCAGCAAUGAUGGCUUUAAACUGCCUCAGAAGGAAUUUCAGUUGACAAGACGCAUGUCAUGUGUUGUGUAAUCUCAUUCUCGAGAGAUGCUGGAGAAGAGUAGAUAACUAUCUUUCUAGAACAGCACAGGUUUAGUGCACACCAGCCUUGGAACCAGGGACAAAGGAAAGAGUCUUCUUCUAGUCCGUAUCUCUGUUAAUUGAUGAAAAUAUUGAUUUUUCUGUCUGUAAAAUGAACCUUUCUUUAUUCCACAGAAGGACCAUGUCAGAUGCACAUAGAAAGUGUAUUUGUGUAUUUUCUUUUAAAGAGAAAAAAUGGGCUUUCUUUAAAGAACAUGUAUGCAGUUGUUUACCUUAAAUUAGUGACGCUGCGUAUUAUCAAAAGAAGAGCUCUGAGUAUUUUGCUUUAAUUCAUUCACUCAGUCAUGCAACAAGUAUUUAUUGACAACUCUCCAGCAUUCCAGACACUGCUAAAUAUUGAUUAUUUUUUUAAGAAAAGUGAACAGAUCUCUCAUGGAGGAGGACUCCGUCUACUGCUCUCACAACCUCUGAGGGGUUUUAUGGGAGCUCUUUGCAAAUGAACAUACUUGGAACCAUUGAAAUAAGAUUUUAUUUAUUUUUUGGCGUCGGCUGUAGAUAGAUGCACGUUUGGGGUGUAUGCAGGCAGACUUGUUUCCGCUUUGCCUGGAGUUGCCUUACCUAGAGAUCUUCCUCACGCAGCAUCUCUGUGUCUAGAGGACAGCACCAUGACUCGGGGAAGAGGUGCCCACUGAUAGCUCAGGUGAACUUCAACUUGGCUGGUCGCUGGAUCAGUCUGUUAGGAGCUAGAAGCUCUCGGUGUCUGCUUUUCGCGGCGGGGGAAGAGGAUUUUUCCUUAGCACAAUCAUGGCGAUGUUAACUCUCUCGGCCGACUAGUGGCACAAAGGAAAAUUGCCGCCCAGGUCUGCAUUGGCGGAGGCGGAAAGCCGCAGUUCGGACACUUCCCUGUGACAGCGCCGGCCGAGCCGGGGCGGGGAGAGCCGGGCGCAGCAGAGGCACGCCACGAGAGUGCUGUGAGGUGGCAUGCCUCUGUUUUUAUCCAGAUUUGCCAGUAGCAUGUUUAUUCAGUGUGGUGCCUCUGCUGAGAUAAGACCCUCUUCCUCUAGAUGCCCUAGACCGCCGUCUGUUUAGCCGGAGAACUUAAUGAGUAAUGAAUGUGCUUGGCCGGCUGAUAGAAAGUAUUUCCACGGUCCGCGGCUGUGUUUAUAGAGAGCCGGAGAGAGACCACAGGCAGCAAUUUGUCUUCUUAGAAGCCUCUCACCAUGAUCGAUAGCUCCAAGAAGCAGCAACAGGGCUUCCCGGAGAUUUUAACUGCUGGCGAUUUUGAGCCGCUCAAAGAAAAGGAAUGCCUUGAAGGGAGCAACCAGAAAAGUCUCAAGGAAGUGCUCCAGCUGAGGCUGCAGCAGAGGAGGACGAGAGAACAACUAGUGGACCAGGGCAUCAUGCCACCUCUGAAGAGCCCAGCGGCAUUCCAUGAGCAGAUAAAAAGCUUGGAACGAGCCAGAACUGAAAACUUUUUGAAGCACAAGAUUCGGAGCCGACCAGAUCGUUCUGAACUUGUCAGGAUGCACAUUUUAGAAGAAACAUUUGCAGAGCCAUCCCUGCAGGCCACUCAGAUGAAGUUGAAAAGAGCUCGACUAGCUGAUGAUCUGAAUGAAAAGAUUGCUCAGCGACCUGGUCCUAUGGAGCUGGUAGAGAAAAACAUCCUUCCCGUGGACUCCAGUGUGAAGGAAGCAAUUAUAGGCGUUGGGAAGGAGGACUAUCCCCAAACUCAGGGCGAUUUCUCAUUUGACGAGGACAGCAGUGACGCUUUGUCUCCGGACCAGCCAGCUAGCCAGGAGUCUCAGGGCUCAGCCGCAUCCCCAAGUGAGCCAAAAGUUAGUGAAUCGCCAUCGCCUGUGACUGCAAACACUCCAGCCCAGUUUACUUCCGUGUCCCCAGCAGUUCCUGAAUUCUUGAAAAGUCCUACUACGGAUCAGCCCCCCACAAGGUCCGCGGCGCCCGUACUCCCCGCCAACACCGUGUCCUCAGCAAAGCCCGGUCCAGCGCUGGUGAAGCAAAGCCAUCCCAAGAAUCCAAACGACAAACACCGUAGCAAAAAGUGCAAAGACCCCAAGCCCCGGGUAAAGAAGCUCAAGUACCACCAGUACAUUCCACCAGAUCAGAAAGGGGAGAAGAACGAGCCGCAGAUGGACUCCAACUACGCCCGGCUGCUCCAGCAGCAGCAGCUGUUCCUGCAGCUCCAGAUCCUGAGCCAGCAGCAGCAGCACUACAACUACCAGACCAUCCUGCCGGCGCCACUCAAGCCACUCAAUGACAAGAAUAACAACAGUGGGAAUCCAGCUCUGAACAAUACCACCCCUAACACACCAAGACAGAAUGCAUCUGCUCCUGUGAGAAAGCCAGGGCCUCUGCCUUCUAGCUUGGAUGACUUAAAGGUGUCGGAACUGAAGACAGAGCUGAAGUUAAGGGGUCUUCCGGUGUCAGGCACCAAACCGGACCUCAUCGAGCGCCUGAAACCGUACCAGGAGCUGAGCGGCAGCGGCGCUGCUGCAGGUGGCAUCGUGGCCGUGUCGACCUCGGCCAUCGUCACCAGUAACCCAGAAGUCACCGUGGCACUACCCGUUACAACACUGCAGAACUCUGUGACCAGCUCAGGCGCCACGUUCAAGGCAGACGGGCCCCCCACGGGGACUAGCAGCGCGGCGCACCUCGAGACCGGGAGCUCCCCGCUGCCCGUCUCGCCCUCCGCCUCCGAACAGUCGAGCCUCAGCGCCGAGGACACCAGCAUGGCCGACACGUUCACCGAGAUCAUGACCAUGAUGUCGCCGUCCCAGUUCCUGUGCUCGUCUCCCCUGAGAGCGGCCAGCACCGAGGACAGCCUCAGCCCCACCAGCAGCUCGCUGUCCAACCUGGAGCUGGAUGCGGCCGAGAAGGACCGCAAGCUGCAGGAGAAGGAGAAGCAGAUCGAAGAGCUAAAGCGCAAACUGGAGCAAGAGCAGAAGCUCGUGGAAGUUCUGAAAAUGCAACUGGAGGUGGAGAAACGAGGGCAGCAGCAGCAGCAGCAGCGGCCUCUGGAGCCCCUGCCCAACGCCCCGGCCCUUCCUGCCGCCAAGGCCGAGCAGACCCGUAGUGCCCCCGCCGCCGCCACCGCUCCCUCCGUCAAGGACGAGGCCCCGCUCCCUGACGGCCCUGGCCCCGCCCCCGCCCCCGCGGGAGGCCAGAGCCUGGUUGCCAAAAAGGCGGUAGUGAUCAAGCAGGAGGUCCCCGCGGCCCCCGCAGAGCCGCACAGCCUGGUCCCGCAGUUUUAUGUGAGUUCCCAGGGCCCGCCGCCCGCCGGGGCCGCUGGGCCGCAGGCUUUACUGACCACGCAGACCGCGCAGCUGCUGCUCCCCGUGUCCAUCCAGGGCUCCAGUGUCACUUCAGUGCAGCUCCCAGUAGGCAGCCUCAGACUCCAGACGCCGCCACAGACCGGAAUCCAGACUCAGCCUCAGAUAGCAGCUGCCACCUUGCCCGCCGGCUUGGCCCAGACUGUACCUCAGAAACAAGACGCUUUCACGCCACACAUGCUCAGUCAGCCUCAGCAAGUCCGAAAGGUGUUCACAAACUCAGCCUCCAAUUCGGUUCUUCCGUAUCAGACACCACCGGCCCCCGCAGCCCAGCAGUCCUUUCUUAGCAAGACAAGCAACGGCGUCCUGCCGUCCAGAAGCACAGCCCUUCCGCCGCCGCUGCAGAACGGCCCCAACCCUCCCAGCAAGCAGCCCGCCUCGCCCCCUCCGCCCCAGCAGUUUGUGGUCCCGCACUCUCUGUUCGGGAGCCCGGUCCCCAAGGCGAAGGACCCGCCCCGCUACGAGGAAGCCAUCAAGCAGACGCGCAGCGCCCAGUCGUCCCUCCCCGAGGUUGCCAGCGCUCACAGCCAGCAGAUGGACGACCUCUUUGACAUCCUCAUUAAAAGUGGAGAGAUUUCCCUCCCUAUAAAAGAAGAACCUUCUCCUAUUUCCAAAAUGCGACCAGUGACAGCCAGCAUCACCACCAUGCCCGUCAGCACAGUGGUGUCCCGGCCGCCCCCCCAGGUCCAGAUGGCACCACCCAUAUCCUUAGAACCUAUGGGCAGUUUAUCUGCCAGCCUGGAGAACCAACUAGAAGCUUUCUUGGAUGGAACUUUACCUUCGGCUAAUGAAAUCGCUCCGCUGCAGAGCAGCAGCGAGGACAGAGAGCCCUUCUCGCUGAUCGAGGAUCUCCAGAACGACCUGCUGAGCCACGCGGCCGUGCUGGACCCCUCGCACUCGCCCAUGGAGACGGCCGAGGCCCAGUUUGCCGCCAGCGCUCCCUGUCUGUCGCUGGACCUUUCGGACUCGAACCUGGACAACAUGGAGUGGCUGGACAUCACCAUGCCCGGCACGUCGGCAGCACUCACGCCGCUCAGCGCCGCCGCUCCCAGCAUGUUCUCUGCCGACUUCCUGGACCCGCAGGACCUACCGCUGCCGUGGGACUAAGGUCGCCGAGGUCUCGUCUCGGAGUUCCUGACGCUGAAGCAGGGGAAGGUGAUUCGAAAAGGUCCGUUUUCAGAGACAGUUCCGCGGUUGCAUCCCUGCAGUUAUAAUAUGUUGUCACAGAAAGAACGGCUGGACGGUCGGGGUCUGGAAAGCACGUGUGCAGACGUUUCAUUGCGUCCCGCAGUGCGUGUCUGCAGUUGCAUAGAGCACAGGGCCUGCUGCGAAGUCACACGAGGGCUCCUCUGUUGCUCCAGACUUGAGUAAAGAACGAGAGGUACCUUUAGAUAAACCAUGAAGAAGAGCGCCGUGCGCAGGGCGGUGGCCCGGGGGCUCUCUGGUGACGCACGACACUGGAGCCUCCUGGGGGCCGUGCGCCCCAAGACGGGGCGGGCAGCUCCACCCGGCAGAGGAGGGAGGGGAGCGGUCCCUGCCCACGGCAUGGCCCAGAAAUGGCCGGAGCCCAGCCCGAGCCCCCGCGGGGUCAGAGGCGGGGGCAGCACCCGCCAGGCCAGUGACAGCGUCCUGCUGAAGACUUGUGGUUCCAUUCAGACACCAGUGUAAUUGUUUUCCGUGUUGUAGUUUAUUCUGUGAUUUCUGGAAUCUUCUUUUAGAUUUCCAAAUUUAAAUUUCAGUGGAAGACCUUCCACCGCAACCAGACAGUGUCUACAAACUACUGUCGUAAACAAUCCACUGUAAAAAGUCCAGGUGUAUUAGUAACACUGAAACGCCUACGAGCACAACCCCCUGGGUUGCUUAGGUUGAACUUACUGUGUAUAUUAGACAGUUGUGUGCACCCCUGACCUUGCGAUUUGUACAGCCUGUGUUGGCCUAAGGGACUGGGCACCCCGUGGUCCUACUUCUUUUAAUAACUCGAAUAUUUCUAGAGUACUUGAGCCACACGCGUUUCCGUAUUUAAGGAAUUGCCGACUGACGUUCAGGUAACCAGAGCCAUCUCAAAGAACCAAGAGGAGGCUUUCGCAUCACCUGCCCUCCUGAGCUGGUGAGCGGCACAGAGGGGGCAGCGGGAAGGUCUGUCGUCGCGCCCCGACACGCCCGGGGCGCUCGCGGGCAGCCAGGGCUGCCAGGCUGGCCAGCAGAGCCCCGCACUGGCUGGCCUCGGCGCCGUCUCUCAGCCCUGGUUGCCGUUGGACAGGCUCGUAACUGGAUGUCACACCUGCGCUCUCACUCUGUAAUCAAGGUGACGAUUGAAAAACUGGAGGUUUUAUUAGUAGUUUUUUAUAUAGAAAAAUGUUAUAUUUGUUGAGUAGUUUCAGAAUUUUCUAAAAUGCCAACUACCGCAGGAUUUCCAAGACUAUUUCGGGCUAGUCUUUUAAGUGUAUGACAAAGUGUAAAUAACGGAGGGGGAGAAAAAAAAGAAAAAAAAAACCAUCCUGAAAUGCACCCCCGCGUGUGGAGCUGUUUCUCCGGGCCCACGCGCGUGCCCUCCCCGGCCCCGGGUGCAGAUGCUGCCGGCAGCUUCCUUCUCUGGUCAGGAAGGGCUGACGUGCCUGCAGGCAAAGCAGGAGGCGGCCUGAGCCCGCACUGGCGAGGAGCCGCAGUCCCCUCUGGGUUCGCGUUUUGCCUGAGAACCCAUCUUCCUUCACGUUUUCUUUCUGUUUGUCAACUUCACCCCACGUGGGCAAAGGCCCUCCUCCCCACGUUCGGUUGCCCAGAGCACUGGCGCCGGCGGACCGGCCGGUGCUGCUGGAGGGUUGAAGGCCGAGCCGGGCCUGCAGUGUGGGCUGGCGCAUGUACCCAGCGUCGUGUAGCGAUGGCCCGUCCAGCCCCUGGGAGCCAGUCCAGCCCCUGGGAGCCAGUCCUGUGAACCAGGGUGCCCGUUCCUUUCCGAGAGCCUGGCUCCCGGGCCGGGGCUGUUUCCUGGGGAAGGGCGGUCUGGGCCCUGGCGUUUCCUCUGCAGCUUCUCUGGUCCAUAUUUAGACUCUGAGCACCAGCUUCCUUGCGACCGAAGUUGAAGGCUUAUUAAAGGAGCAGCAAACAUCGCGGGACAGAAGGGGGCAGCUGAACGGCUGGCAGGGGUCCCUUGGUGAAUAGCGCCAUCCCAUCAUCCCGGCUGCGGGCACAGACCACAGUCCAGCCUCGGCUCCCUCUGCUGCUUCUGAGAGCGAUGGUAGAAACAGGCCUUGCGGGGCUGCAGCACAGGGAGCACCCACUCCUGCGCCCUCAUUCUCUCUUUGGAUGAUGAGUUGCUCAGGUGCCCUCUGCACGUAGGGGUUCAAACCUUCCCGCAGCAGCAUUUCCUUGAAAAGGCCACUCGUAGCUUCCGUCGGCCCUCCUGAACCCUGCACAGUGCGCUGGGCACCUGUGACAUCAGUGCCGCCCUCCAGGGUCUCAGCGGCUCUUCCUGCUUCGGGUGAGGCCAGGGACCGUGUGCAGCAUGGGACGUGACCAGAGGGGAGCAGCGUCUGUGAUCACACCCCCUCCACCCCAACUCAGUGUGCACGACGGUAAGUGCCACGGGAAAGGUGAGCAUGCGCUAAAAAGGACUGGCUUUUGUCUGAGCUCCAAAGCCCUUCCACACAGGUCAGGACUGAGGCGGGCGUCCCAGUGGGCAGGCGUGUGGUUAGAAGUGGUCCCAUUGUGUAUCGUCUUGCAGGAUAUCACACCGCCAAGAAACAAGCUAACUCCUAAAUGAUGAUCUCACGUCCAGUCUUAUUUCCUAAAUAUUCCUGAAACACAGUAGCAUCGAGCCUACCUUUGUAGUGUGUACGGGCAUCGGGUCCUGUCGUCAGGGAUGGGAGGAGAGAGUCACACCGCAGCUUCUGCAGCGUCUUGGGAGUCCGGGGCUGUGUGGUCGUCUUGUACAUUUCAGCAAAGCAGAUACUAGGAAACCCUUAGGACAGGGUGAUGGUUCAGUUCUAGUGUAUUUCCUGAAAUGUGCAACCUACUGUAUAGCAUUUGCCACGUGUGUGUACAGAGAUGUAGUCUGAGUUCACGGAACUUCUGGCUCAGAUACGACUUGUAUUUUCUAUGAAUAUUUUUAUAGCACUAAAGAGCUAUUCAGAUUUCCUUUUCACAAACUGCACGCUUCUGGAUUCCAUUGAGUGCAGUUUCAGAACCGAGGCAAAGGCAGCCUGGUGUCGCCCCCAAGCGGCCACCUGCAGAGGCGCCAUCAUGAGCCAUGAUGAGGGAUCAGGAGCGUGUUACCCAUUGUGUCACCAAAGCUGAUCAGUUCCCCCACCCACCCCCGGAUCAUUCCAGGCCACGCAACUUUCAGGAUUCCCAGGCUGAAACCAGCCACCACAGCUGACACAACAGCUGUCUCCACAAGCGCAGCAACAGCCCCUUUACUGCCCACAGACUGCUCCCACCCUCACACGCUCCUGCACCGAGACAAUGGCUAUCAGCGGCCACCCGCAUUGCCACCCGGGCCCGGGGUCCAGGCUCACAGGUAACCCUCCGCGUGUUACUGUCCAUCACUGCAAACAUCCAUCCUGAUCCUGGCACCAGAGCAGGAGACCCAAGUGUCCACUGCCCGGAGGCCACAAUAUCAGCCCACACUAUCAAAGAACACUAACUGGAAGGCCAGGGCUGUCAUGGAACUCAGCUCACAAGUGCAGGGAGGUGUGUCUGGAGAGCAUCCUGACUGCGUUGCAGCUCAUCCAUUAAGUGGUUUCAGUCAAAACUGGAAAAUAGCAAUUAAGUUGCAGUCGUUCUUGUUCCUGGUUCAGGCCUCCCCCUUUCUUGCAGUAUUUGAGGAACUGCAUCAUUGCAAAGGGUUUCCACCGGAAACCUCUGAGGCCUGUCGUUAAAAAGCUGCACAUGUUUACAAACGAGCUCUUCCCCUCCACGAGAACACGUUGCUCUGGGACUCCCAUGGGAAAAUGUCAUGACUCUGUGACAACAGGACGGCAGUCUCAGAUCUGCAAGGUGCUGUCUGGACUCAGCAUGUUAGUGGCGAUCGUGUUUCGCAGAGCUUUGUGCCAACCACCAAGACAAGCUUUCACCAAGUUCCCGGAAUCACCGAGACGGGAAAGGUUACCUCUCCGCAUUGCGCCGUAAGGAAAUUUGCUCAUUGGGAAGGAGGAAGAAGCACUUAGGAAAGGGUUUAGUUGCUACCAAAAAAUACUUAACCUCGAGUAAUAGUAAUACAAACUUGCUUUAAAGGAACCAAAGGCAUUGCCAAGUAUUUGCCAAAAGCAGGCACUUUUUAUGUAAAAUUUGAGACGAAUGAGAUCUCAAAAAUCAGUCCCAAAAAGGUAUUAUCCACUUAAGGUUAUAAUUUUCACAGAGAUGUAGAUAUUUCUCUCUUGUUUUCAUGUAAAAUAGUAUAGAUUUGUUUUGUUGGGUUAAGAAUAGUACACAGUUAGCAGAAAUAAAGUUUUUUUUUUCUUUUCUACGUACAAAUUAGUUUUCUUGCUUGCAACAGAACUGCAACGUGAUAGGUGUUUCUCUUCUUAUUUUCAUUGUCACAUUAUGUCUUAGCAUCUCACUCUAUGAAAAAAAGGAGAAAGAUACCAAUCCACAGAGCCCUGCUUCUUAAAGCACUAGUUUAAUAACAAAAAAUUAUGGCAGUCGGGGGUCCAUUCAUGUAUUGCCUUUAUGUUGUUUUUUAAAAGAAAAACCAUGAUGCCUUUGUAUUUGCUGUUUGCACCCCUGAAAUCAAUUCCAUAUCAUGUUUGAAUGCCAUACAUUUUGCACAUGUACUGUACAUAAGUAACGCAUACUGUAUUUUUAUAUGUGUGCACAUUUAUCAUCGGAUCUUUUGUACAUAGUGGCUGUAUUGUAGCUGAUUGGGAAAUGUUUGAUAUCUCAGCAAUUUUGCAUUUUUGUGUCUCAAAUAAAAAACAUUUUGAUGUACUA